AUGUCUUAUCAAGCUCUUCAAAAAAGAACAUUUGGAUUCGAAAACGAAGAAUGGUUGGAAUACUUCAUUGUUCUUAGCUUCAUUGUUUUAGUUGGGCAAGGGCUAUCGUUUUUAAUUGAAUGGUUUUUGGUGUUCCUAAAAUUAAUACCGUAUUUCACAAGCAAAAACGCUUUCGUGACUUAUGUCACUUUCGGCCACUUUUUGGGAUUCUUUCUGUCGCAAUUUGUCAUGGGAAUUUUUUUAAUUGUGAAUCAUGCGGAAUGGAAAUCUCACAAAUCGGCAUUCAGAAAAAUGGUGUCAUUCACUGUUUUCACAGUCAUAUAUUUGUACAAUCCUUGGAUUGUUGCAUAUCAAGUUGAAGCUGUUGGAUUCUAUAAUGAUUUUAAAUGUACUGCCCUCGUCUUCACUUUGUCAGCGCCAAUAAUACUGGUUGCAUGGUCAUUUUAUACAUUCUUUAUGUGGAGAAUGAGCAGAAUCGAGGCGGAUUACGAGCCAUGUGAAGUGAUUUAUGGAGCAGAAGAUAGUGAAACGAAGAAAUUGAUGGAAUACUACGAAUAA